GAUGUGCGUCAUUGCCACUGGAUUGAUAAGCAGCGAUAUUUCUUUAGUUGCUCUUAUCGGCGCAAUUCGGCAUUUUUAGAACAAAUCUACCAACAUCAAAAAUCCCGAUCGCAUUCGCACCUAAGGAUUGGUCAUAACCUGAGUUAUUUCUACCUAAGAUUUCCAUCGCCUACUCCCUACAUUGCUACUACAUUGAGAAUUUCCAGUAUCUAAGGGGAGGAAUAUGCCUUCCACCAACCGACUCGUUCGGCCCGCAGCCGCUCUGCUAUCUACAACGACGAAGAGGGUCCAGCCUUGCACUUAUGGUCGGCUAUACGAAAUAUCGAGACAGGCACAUACAAGUUCGCGAUCGUUAGGCAUAACACUACAGCCUCGGCCAGUAGCACCUACGACUACAAGACUACCGACAAUUGCGCCCCGAGGCGCCCGGAGUAUCUUUAUACAGACGGAAGUCACACCGAACGCCGAUGCGCUGAAGUUCUUACCGAAUCAUAAUGUCAUACCUCCUGAGGUAUCUACGCCUUUCAUAGAAUAUCUCAACCCACGAAGUACGAUCGCACCGCCGUAUCCAUCGCCACUCGCUGCGGAAUUGAUGAACAUCGACGGCGUAACAUCCGUCUUCUACGGCCCCGACUUCAUCACAGUGACGAAAUCGCCGGAUGCGAAUUGGAUACAUAUCAGGCCCGAAGUCUUCAGCUUAAUCACUGAAGCUAUAACGUCGGGGCAAGAAAUAGUCACAGUGACCAAAAAGGAGGGCGCAGAAGAUGGCCAAGAAGCGACCGAUGAGGAUACCUUAAGCUACAAUGAAAACGAUAGCGAAGUUGUAGGCAUGAUCAAAGAGCUCCUAGAAACUCGGAUAAGACCUGCGAUCCAGGAAGACGGUGGCGAUAUCGAGUUCCGUGGUUUCGAUGAUGGAUACGUAAAGCUAAAGCUCAGGGGAGCAUGCCGGACUUGUGAUUCGAGCACGGUCACCUUGAAAAAUGGAAUUGAGGGCAUGCUAAUGCAUUAUAUUGAGGAGGUCAAAGGAGUACAUCAGAUCAUGGACCAAGAAGAAGAGAUUGCGAUGCAAGAAUUCGCAAAAUUCGAAGAGAAGCUUCGAGCACAAAAAGGACCAGAUGCAGUUCCACCUACAACACCUGGCAAAGACUCACUGGAUUCCGUCCCGGGAUAAGCUCGCCCUUAGACGUACUUCAUCCGAUUGAUUGUAUGCUUUAGAAAACGUCACAUCUUCAAGUACGUCAUUGGAAUAUAAUUACGAACGAUACCCUAGACGUUCGUUUUGGAAAAUACGACCUCGGUCACCAACUUUAGCUAGGUUUUUGACAAUCUCGUAUAUUCAGCAAAGUUCGCCGCUAGUGACCGUUAUUAAAAAAAAAGAAUGUGUGUGUGCUUGAAAAAGCGUUGAGGAGUGA